AUGCAAGGCCUUCCUGGAACUUCCAACGGAGUUCGGACUUUGUGGCCUAACCGCGCGGGAUCUCAAGACAUUAAGGGAAUCGUUCCGGAGCGCUUCGAUUUCAUCUACGGCGAUGCUCACGGACUGUCGUAUCUCCUGGGUCCGCCUUUUUGCGGAGAAGGGAUGGACGUGGCCACGCGAACAUUGGUCGAGUCGUCCAUGCUGUCGUGGUUCGGAGAGGAUAAGGCGGACGCGGUACUACUGCAGCUGUGGAAUCUGCUGUGCAAGCGCAAGUUAACGCUCUACGACUGUUGGUGUGGAAUGAAGCAGUUCGAUCUGCUGCAAACUCUAGCGAAGCAACUAUUCCGCUGCGCCAGCUUGAAGGCUGCAUCCGAGAGAAACUUCUCCACGCAUGCCUUCAUUCAUUCAAACUACGCGACCGACUUCAGCCCGACCGAGUUGAAAAGCUCGUACACAUGGGCAAGGUCUCGCAAGUUACUAUAA